AAGUGAUGUUGUUCUCAGUUCAGCUGUUUUAAGUUAUGCCCUGAAUGGUACAGACAUAUUCCCGCCUUCAAAUCUCCUGAAUAGGAACACCUCUGACUUAUCUUCUCUUCUUCUAAAUAAUGCCUUCUUCAAUGGAAAUGAUACAGUUCGUUCCCACGGAAGAGGGACCAACAAGAGACCAGGGUUACCAGGGUUACCAGAGUUACCAGAGUUACAAGAGAUAGUACCCUCUACAACCCGCCAGAUAAACCCUGCAUACCACACAGCUGGACCAGGACCCGCUUUUGACAAUGAUAUGAGGGUUGCAGCGGAGGUAGUGCUCAGUAAGUGGGAUGGAAGCGCUCACGGGGAUGAGCUAUGGUGGCAGGCUGAGUUUGGUGGAGUGGUCUAUAUCGCUACUUUGACCCUACAUUCCUACUACUACACCAGCUGGUUCAACAAAACGUGGGGUUGUGUACAGAACAAGAAGACGUACAAGUUCUGUAAAGAUGAGAUGUCCUUUGUUGAUGUGGAUCUGUACCAAGGGUCAAGUUUUGUUAAGAGAUGUGGUACACUCGUGCAAGGACAUGGACUCAGACAGCAGGAUCAGGUUUACAGAUUUACUUGCGAUGGAUAUGGGGACAGGAUAUCUUUAUCAAAGAAACACUCUAAAACCAUGCUGCUGCUUCAUGAGAUAGUUAUAACUGGAAUUCAAGAAUCACCUUUAACUCUAAUUGGCGCUGUCUUGGAUCAGCCUAAAAGUACCGGUGGAAAUAAGUCGGAUGCUAAGGAUUGCCUCUCCGGAGACAGUACAUAUGCCCAGCUUGCUGCAAGUCACAAUUGGUUGACUGUUACACUCGAGAAGCAAUCCAAGAUUACCAAGAUAGAGCUGUAUGCUCCAGAUGAUGAGAGCGAAUUAACGACGAUUAAAGAUGCGGUUUUAUAUGUGGGACAGUCCUACUGUGGGGUUGCAGAUGGAAAACUAGAAGACCAGUCCAUGACACGCUAUGUGAUCCACUGCCGAACGAACGAUAGUUUACUGGGACAUGCAGUGAAAAUACAAUCAUCCAGCAAGAACAUGAAAGUGGCCAGAGUUUUGGUCUUUGGAAUUGAAGAGGAGGUCGCCCCAACAAUCCCUAAUAUGGAAGAAAGAGAGUUUAUCCCAACCCAAGCACCUGUCCAAACCAAGACACCGUUUAGGGUCCCGGAUAUGGAACCUGAAAUAGAGGAGCGAGCAGACGGAGUUAAAAUUGCAGUGGUCACAAUCGAAGAGCCUAUCCCCAUUAAAGUUCUACAAGAUAUUGGGAAUCUCCCAAAUGCAACUAAAACUCCUCUUGGCUUCCUUGCCUUUGCUGGUUAUGUAGAUAAUACCAUGGAUGAGAAAGCCGGGGAGGCACCCUCAAGAGAUAGAGAGAGAACAAAGAAAAGAGCAAAGUUUGAUCAGAAUGAUUUAGAAAAAGCAACUCAAUCAUUUCUACGCUUCAAUGGCCAUGUUGAAGAUGGUGAAAUUACGGAAGAGAUGGUAGGGUUCAUGCAAAAGGACAGGUGUGGGAAUGCUGACCUGGUAUUUGAUGAGAACGGAGAAAAGUGUACAAAUCAAACAAGCACUCUUAUCAUACCAGCCGAACAAAAGACAUUAGUUGCGUUCAUGAUGCCAGGGGCAAAGGAGAGUGCUUCGUUAGUGGCUGAAUCUGAAUCUUACUAUCUGGAAGUAGACAUUAAGUUCAAUGACGUUAGAAACGGAAGAAGCCGGUCAGUUUUCCUCGGUUUCAACUAUGAUACCAAAACUGCAAAUGGAGACGACACUCCUCUAGAGAUAGUUGCGUUGAGACUUAUGAGUGGGAAACUAUGUGCUCAGUUCCUUACUUUAUUUUAUGGUCAAUUCUUAUCAAACUUGGUGUCCAAAGAGUCUGUGUUAGAUUCAUGUUAUAGUCUGACUGAAAAUGACCUUAAAACCCUUGCUUUCAAGGCCAGACUUGAUGUUUAUAAGCGCCUUGGAGGGAUCCUGGGCAAGGUGCAUGUUUCAAUUAGAGGAAAAGAGGUGGCCAAAACUGUGUAUAAUACUCAACUGAUAUCAUCGGCUGCUGUGAUAACACAUGAAGGAGACCACGAUAUAAUGCUGUCUCGUCUUUGCAAGAGAUGGACAUUAUCUAGUGGCGCUACAAAACGUAUCAAACCAACUCGCAGAAAAAGAUUUUCACUCUCAAGUCACAAGUGGGGAAUUGUUGAAAGCACUAUGUCUAUAAGAUUCAACUUCCAGAACUUCAGUUCCAUUCUCAAGCAAGAUGGGACACGGCAAGAGGUUCUCAAAGCAUUGAAUCUUUUCUCCAACACCGGUUUUAAUUUUCAAGAAGUAGCACCCACAGCAAGUGCUGAGAUAGUGUUCAUGUUUAUCAAAGGACUUCAUGCUGACAGUAGAACCUACCACGGUGCAGGUGUAGAGAAGGCCCAUGCCUAUGCUCCAACCAACAGUGAAAUACAUUUCAAUGAUUUCCAGAAGUUCGGUAUUAGUGAGCAUGAUCACGGAGGUAGAGCAGUAAGCAUGUUUUAUGUUGCUGCCCAUGAAAUAGGACAUGCUCUAGGAAUUCUCCACUCCCAGCAACAAGACGCACUUAUGCAGCCAGGGUACCCUAAAAAUGCGUUCCAGAUCCAGAAUAUGCACAACGAUGAUACCAUGGCAGUUCAUACUUUGUACCCAGAGUUACCUCAGUCUGGUGUUGGAGCUGUAAACAUGUUUCAAAGCACAGUAGUUAAAGGAAUACAGUACACUCCCAGAACCACAUUUCCAACAGAAUGCCACUCUCAAAUAGAUGCUGCUGUACGCGUGGGAGAUUUCGCAUACAUAGUAUCCGGACCUUUUAUCUGGAGAAUGAGACAAGAAUCAGAAGGAUGGUACCCAUUUGAUGGGUAUCCAAAAAGAGUGACAGAUGUGUUUCAUCAAGCUCACGGUACAAUCGAGGCUCUCUUCAUAGUACCCCACGAGUUGAAGAUUACAGUGUUUGCACUGUAUGCUGGUAACUUGAUAGCUAGAUACACGGUGGUACUGAAGGAGGGGACAAAAGAACCCUAUGUUUUACUUACCUGGGCGGGCAAAGAAAGGAAGGAAAUUUUGACAAAAAAAAUUAAAAGAAAAACAACAACUGUUGACCAAAUUAUCAAAGGAGCAUUCGCAUACGGAGCUGACAAAACCAUACUAGUAGCAGACAAUCAACUGAGUUAUUUUGAGUUAUCAUGGAAGUUCAAUAAGGCAGGGACCCCUAAUUUAAAAGAGAUCACAGAGAAUACUGACAUGAACAGUUUAAUCGGACGAAAGCUUAAUAGAGAAGCCUUUAACGCUGCAAUGACAUUGAAUAAGAGAGAUACAGAGGAGAUUUACAUGUUUGAAGCCAGGAACGUUUGGCAGGAGAAACCCUUCACAACGCCAGAAGGUCGUAACCGAAGAUGGAAGGAAGUUCCAAACUGGUUCAAGAUUGCUGGCUGGUGUCGUCGCAGAAACACAUGAUCCCAGUUGUAAUGGAACUCUUGAACAAUUUUAAUUUAGCUCGAAGCUAAUGUACUAAUGUAUAAUGUACUAGUGUACAAUACGAUGACACUUGGGUAAAAAGGCCUCAUUUAAAAAUUUCUCUGUGAAAUAAUAAGCCUCUUGUUAUAAUCAAAAAGUAUUAUUUUUACUGCUUUUUAGUUCGC